AAAUGUCUAAAUUAGUUGAUUAUUCAGAUGAUGAAGAAGAGAAUGCAGUGAGAAUUGUAAAUCGAAGCCAUAUGAGUGGAUUUUAUCCAUCAUUUUGUAAAAUUGAUGUAACUUCAUAAUUUCCUAAAUUAAAAUAAGAAGAAUACCACAUAAGUUUGAGUCUUAAUUUUUAACUAAAUUAUCAUCAAAUCAAGGAUUUCAUAGAUUCAAUUUAAAAUGAUAUCGAUACUUUUUAGGCUUUUACAUGUACUUUAAAUCAUGAAAGUAAAAUUUAUAAAAAUGAAAUUACUAAAAAAGAAUACUUAGUCUUAGAAGUUAAUAUCAAUAAAGAAAGGGUUAAAUAACUAAUAAAUUUAAUAGCAUAAUCAAUAACUUUGUUUGAUAAAUUAUAUUAAAGGGUUGAAAUAAUUCCCCAUUGUACUAUAAAACAACACCUGAACCUUAAAAAUCAAAUAACACUUAAGGUUAACACAAUAGAUAUUGUAAUAGGAAAAUAGAUUACGAAAAUUCCCUUAAAAUAGUGA